CUUGUUUUCGUUCAUGUAUACAGCUUUGAAUCGACCGGUAUAGCUCAGUUGUGGCUUGCAAAAGCUGAGACAGAAAACAAAGACAUAAUUGGAGCAGUAAUCAUCAGGUUUUCAUAAUGACGCUGCGAAACAUUGCAUCCUUAAUUGUGGCUAUGGUUGUGGCUAUGACGCUUUUCGUAGAUACAGAAUCACAGCAAACGUCGAACGUGGACAAAAAUAUUAGAGAUAUUUUUAGCAGAAGCCCCAGUGACUCUAGUGGUUUUGCGACAGUUGUCACACCAGUGCCUUUAAACCCCUCUAGUCCACAAAUUGACUUUAAUUCCAUCAGUGGAAAGACAGCGUCAUGCAACUGUGUGCCAUACUACAUGUGCGAUCCUUCCACAAAUACCGUAACGGAGGACGGUGCUUUUGACGGUUUUGGGCAAAUCGACAUUCGCUUCAAUGCUGAUGAUCCUGUCUGUCCAUCCUCGGUUGACGUUUGUUGUGCUGGAAAUCAGACACGCAGCGAAGUGCUGAACCCCACGCCUCUGGUAAACCGACCUAAUCAGCCUCGUGGAUGCGGUGUUCGUAAUAUAGACUUAGACUUUUCUCUUGUUGGAGCCACACAUAACGAGGCUGGUUUUGGAGAGUUCCCAUGGACUGUGGCUCUAUUGCACGCCCAAAACUUCAGCUAUUUUUGCGCCGGCUCCCUUAUCCAUCCACAAGUUGUUCUAACUGCUAUGCACUGCAUACAAACGCACCAGCCGGACAGCUUUUUAAUUAGAGCAGGAGAGUGGGACUCGCAAACGACUAAGGAGCGGCUUCCCUUUCAAGAGCGUACAGUCGAGCGUAUAAUAUUGCACCCCCAGUUUAAUGUCAGAAACGUGGCAUAUGAUUUUGCGCUGGUUGUGCUUAGUCAAGCUGUAACCUUAGAUGAUCACAUAAAUGUGGUGUGCCUUCCUACCCAAAACGCUGAUCCAGUGCCUCGUACUACUUGUUUUUCAACGGGCUGGGGAAAAGACGUUUUUGGUGCCUCUGGCAAAUACAGCGUCAUCAUGAAGCGCGUACCGUUGCCGGUGGUUGACUUCAAUACAUGCCAGGUACAGCUGCGCCGCACACGUCUGGGGCCCAAAUUUGCGCUGGAUCGUUCAUUCAUGUGCGCUGGAGGCGAACGUGGAAUAGACACUUGUCAAGGUGAUGGUGGAGCGCCACUCGCAUGCCCAAUCGGUACUGCUUCGGAAAAUCGCUAUCAACAGAGUGGAAUUGUAGCUUGGGGUAUUGGUUGUAAUGAAGAGGUGCCUGCAGCAUACGCAAAUGUUGCUAUAGCUCGUAACUGGAUCGAUCAACAGAUGUUAGCCAACGGCUUCGGUACGGACAUUUAUACAGCUUGACCCGACGCGCGUGAUUUCUCAUAUAAAUCUAAGACUUUUUGCUGAAUCGUUUGUAGUUGUUUGAAUAAAGCAAACCCGCUCGCGCUUAAUCAACAUUAAAAAUAUUAGAAAAAAUAAAAAACGAAAAAGAAAGAAAGGCCUAAACGGUAAACUUGUAAGGUCAAUGUAAUGAAAAAGUGUCUUCGCCCUUCCGAUACGAAAUACAAAUUUAUAUAAAAUA